AUGGAUUACGCCUAUCGGGUGGUGAACAAUAUUCGCUAUUUCUACAAUACGAUCAACCCGGCCACAUUAUCAGGAGCCAUUGACGUGGUGGUCGUGGAACAACCAGAUGGCACACUCAAAUCGACUCCGUUUCACGUGAGAUUUGGCAAGUAUGGCGUCUUCUCACACACGGAAAAGUACGUGGACAUCACGAUCAACGGCGAGGAGAUCGAUUUAAAGAUGAAAUUGGGACAGAACGGUGUCGCUUUCUUUGUUGAGGAGACUGAGGAUAAGGUACCCGACUACUUGGCCACGUCUCCACUCCCAGAGGGCGUUGAAGCGAAAACGACUCAACAAGUGGACACCGAUCAAAUUCUCAACGAAUCGGCGAGGAAAUUGGAGGAGCACAAACGAAGCUAUGACCCAAAGACUCGAUUGUUGAGCGAGGGCAGCGAUGUGUCGGAGAGUCGAUCACCAACACCGCCACCGACCAAAUCAACACAAGAAACAUGGGCACAGAAGGAGGCAAAAGCCGCCGAGAAGGAAAAGGAGCGCAAAUUGGCACUGCCACGACUCUCUUCAGUGUUCUCACAACGACGGAAUCGGUCUCUGCCCGAUUUGACGACAGUAGCUGACCAACAUCAUGGAUAUUUGACUGAAGAAGAUCAUACAGCCGAUCAAAUCACACUCAACAAUAAUGCGAAAAAGGGAAAAGUUGAAGUCGAUUUGUCGCCGGUACAAAGGAAAUUUUCGCAACACUCAUCAAUGUUCAAUCACAAGCGCUCGUUGUCAAAUAAGGGAUUACCGAUUGAACCGAAAAUGUCAAUCGACGAGUUCCUCAAAUCGCUCAAGGCCGAAAGGAAGCUCUCAUCGUCGGUUCGAAGGAAGAAAAGCCGAGUCGCUUUUGCAACGGAGCCAAUCUCGAUUCAUAUUGAGACUGAACACGAUGGAGACGUUGAAUCAGAGACGGCCUCUUCGUCGACACUCUCCUCUCCAUCUGGAUCGUUGGUUGACGGAACUGAUGUGGAUGCGCUGGCUGAUGGAUGUCUAUCUGAUUCGGAGGUCGAUCGACACAAUCGCCGUGAUCAACCUAGACCGCAAGCGUCUGAUGUGACUGAUUGGCAAUGGGGUCAACUCCCGGAGACACGUGAAGAUCAAGAGAAACGAGCAAAAGAACAAAAGAAGGGGGAACAAGAGAAGCCAAAGGAGCGAUCGUCAUCGUCUUCUUGGUGGUCUGGAUGGUCGUGGAGAGGUCGAAGCCCUGCCUCAUCGCCAGCAAAGCCGACUGAAAGCCGAGAAAAAAAGAAAACCGAAGAAGAACCCGGGAUUUACUUGGAUGAUCUCGUUGGGAAAGGGGCCGCCAAUGAUCCCGUCCAAAUUGAGAAGUAUUUGGGAAAAAGUGCACCGAUUAGCCUCACUUAUCCGGAUAGUGGACAUGGAUCUUCUGGCGGACCAUCUCAGCCGAGUAGCCCAACUGUGAUCGGGAGUGGCGCAAGCAGUGACAAUGAUAUUUGCGAUAAGACACCAACGCAAGAGACGGUGGCUGCGGCGAUCUCGAUUGCUGCCAAAAGCAAACAGAAACAACAACAAACGGUUGAAGAGGGAGAUCGAAGGAGAAACGCAAGCGAUCAAAGAAGCACAACUUCAGAUACCAUUUUUCCGUUCAGCGAGGAUGAGGGUGACGAGAUCGAGAUCGAGGGUGGAAAGAAAUACUACCGCUCGUUGCGCCUCUCGUCGGACAAAUUGAAACAGCUCGGCCUGGAGAUGGGUGUGAAUGAUGUGCGCUUCAGUAUAACCACGAAAUUUCAGGGAACUACAUGGUGCAGUUGCAAUGUCUACCUCUACAAAUGGUACGAGAAGAUCGUCAUCUCGGACAUUGAUGGAACGAUUACGAAAAGUGAUGUACUUGGACAUGUGAUUCCAGCAAUCGGUGGUCAAUGGGCGCAUACUGGGGUGGCCGAACUUUACUCGAGAAUCAAGGAUAAUGGUUACAAGAUUGUCUACUUGUCAUCGCGAGCAAUCGGUCAGUCGCACACGACGAAACAAUACCUGAAGAGUGUCGCCCAGGAGCAGCAAGUUCUUCCUGAUGGCCCCGUCCUGCUCUCACCCACAUCGGUGCUUGUCGCUUUCAGAAGGGAAGUGAUUGAGCGUCGACCCGAGGAGUUCAAGAUUGCGGCGUUGAGCGACUUGAGAAAACUCUUCCCCGUCAAACAUCCAUUCUUCUCUGGCUUCGGGAAUCGAGAAACGGACACGGUCUCCUAUCGUGCUGUGGACAUCCCGAUCUCGCGAAUUCUCAUCAUCGACCCGAGCGGAAAAGUGCGAAGAGCGGACUCGAAGGGACUUGUCUCAACGUAUUUAUCGAUGGCCACUGAUACGGUCGACUUCCUGUUUCCACCAUUAGCUAGAAGGUGUAUCACUCGAAUGCCGGACACAUUGACGGUUGGCGGUGAGAAAUUGUACGCUCCAUUCGCCAAGCCGCUCACCCACAGCUCGUUUGCACAUUGGAGACAAGAUGAGGUGACCUCGAUGCAGGACGAGAUACUGGUCAAGUACGAGACGGAACGGAAAGAGCUAGAGAAGAUAAGGAAAAGUGUCAAGAAA